CCCCUCCCCCUUCCUCCUUCUUUUGCACACGGGUCAAGGAGCCGGAAAACGAGCGGCCAAGUGGAACGGGUACGGAACGGGCCAAAAACAAUGGGCGGUCAAGUCAUCACACCACGGCUUGCUGCGUUGCACCACUUUCCUUCCCUUGUCUGGAGCGAACAGAGCAAGGAGCAAGGUAGGGGAGGGAAGCAGUACAAGCAGGAAAGAGGCAUGUCGUGUAGCAUGUUGUUGCGCAAGAAGACAUUGAUACAAUUGACAUGGAUAGGGCUUUGGUACCUCAUGGUGGGCGUGAUGGUCGGUGGGGUGAAGGGCGGAACAGUUUUCACGGCAACGGGAGUACCGCAGGAUGACCAAUUUGUUGGCACAAUGAAAGUUGAUGGCACUGUGGCGGCAGCACCUUCUCAUGUCCGCUUUGAUACGGGUGCAGAGCGAGUGCUCUCGAUUAACUUUGAUUUCUCUUCUUCACCUAUUACCUCUUCAACAGGAUCUGUAUGGAUUGAUGCCUCUUCAUCUUUUCUCGUCAAAGAGGUCAUCGCAAGCAAUACCUUCUCCAUCGGUGUCACAUACUUUGCUCCGCUCUCUCCGGCAGAGAGAGCCGCACGCUACGAUGAGCUGCCAUGGGCUGCAGAUGACUCUUUCGACACCAUGACAGACUCGACAACGGUUCAUACCUUUUAUGUCGGCGAUACUGGUGGUACAUCCUUUCCGCUGACGGGUGCUGCGGUCAGCGCCCUGCUACAGGACGCGUUCGACAACGGCGGCUAUGUCGAUGACUCGCUGGUCAUCCGUGCCUCACGGACAAGCGGAUGCACAUCAGGAGACUGUAGAAUCGAGCUGCGGAGCCCGUCCCCAACGUUGACGGUCAAGUAUUAUCGUGUCUGUGGCAUCCUCUCGCUGCCGAGCGGGACGGUGACAGACGACUCCACCACUGGCGGGCCGUUUGCGCCCAUCGGGGACGCGCUUGCGCUGUCGUGUGGCUCAGGACUAACCCUCUACGGCGCGUCGGCAUCCAAUGAUGUUGUGUGUACCUCGACUGGCGCGUACUCGCCGGCCUCACCCUAUUGCGCUCCGCCACCAAGUCCGCCACCGCCACCACCGCCGAGCCCACCGCCACCGCCGAGCCCGCCGCCACCGCCGAGCCCGCCGCCACCGCCGAGCCCGCCACCACCGCCGAGCCCACCGCCACCGCCGAGCCCGCCGCCACCGCCGAGCCCGCCGCCACCGCCGAGCCCGCCGCCACCGCCGAGCCCGCCACCACCGCCGAGCCCGCCGCCACCGCCGCCGUCACCGCCGCCGCCUUUCUCGCCGCCGCCGCCAUCCCCGCCACCACCGCCAUCCCCGCCACCGCCGCCGCCCUGCGCCCCGCCGGCCUCUCUCGACUCUUGCGGCGUUUGCUCCGGCCCGGGCACCGGCCACGUCGCUGACUCGGAUCGCGAUGUCUGCGGUAUUUGCUUCGGUGCCAAUGCCGCGCUCGAUGAUUGUGGCGUUUGCUUUGGCAGCAACGCCGCUAUGGAUGCUUGCGGGGUGUGCUACGGCAACAACGCGAGCUGCGCAGGCUGUGACGGCGUACCCAACUCGGGCAAAGUGCCCGAUGUGUGCGGCGAGUGCGGCGGCGACGCGUCCGGGUGCUCUGGCUGCAACUUUAUUCCAAUCCCGCUGGGCGGCGUUUGGUUCGACGGAUGCGGCGUGUGUGGCGGGCCGUCAGGCAUCUCGGCGUGCGCGACGUCGUGCCUGGCCAACGGGACUGCCGUCUACGACUGCUUUGGCGUUUGCAACGGCACCGCAUACAUCGACGACUGUGGCAUGUGCGUCGAGGGCUCGACGCCAAACAUGCCGAAUGCGUUCAAGGACAGCUGUGGCGAUUGCUUUGGCGGCGAUCGUGCUCGCGACGUGUGCGGCGAGUGUCACGGCAACAACGCGCGUCGUGACGCCUGCGGCAUCUGUGACGGCGGCGAUGUGCAUGUCGACAGCUGCGGUGUGUGCUUUGGUUCUGACCGCAGCAAGGAUGUAUGCGGCGUGUGCAGCGGCAACGGCACCAGCUGCGUGGGAUGUGACUCUGUCGCCAACUCGAACAAGGUAUUCGACGCGUGUGGCGUGUGCGGCGGGUUCGGCGACUGCGCCGUACGCGAGUCGGGCGGGACCGGCUCGAUCUCGAGCCUUGUGGUGCUCGGCGGCACGACGUGCCUACUCUCGGUCUUUCUGGCCCUGGCCAUUGCCAUCAUCUCUUGGCGACGGCGGCGGCGGCGGAGGGUCGGCAUCCUUGUCGAGAAGCGCGACGCUGCGCUGGCAGCGGCACCUGGCGGCCUCGUGGUUGUGCUCAUCACGGAUGUGGGGAACUCGACCAGGCUGUGGGAGGACGUGCCGGAUGCAAUGGAGGCAGCGACCGACGUCCAUGACGCGGCAGUCCGCCAGAUUCUCAUGGACGCCGGAGCGUACUUUGUGCGAACAGAAGGCGACUCAUUUGUCGUUGUCUUUCCGGCGUCGGCCGCGUGCGUAGCGCUCGAGGCUGCAGUUGCCAUCCAGGACCGACUCGUCCAGCUGGACUGGCCUCGCGAGUUGCUCAACCACCAGCUGUGUGGAUCGGUACUCCGGAGCCACUCGGCAGUCACCGGAGGCCUGCAAUACGUUUGGCGCGGGCUCCGCGUGCGAGUCGGACUCCACGCAUGUACGCCGAUGCGAACGUUUGACGAGCGGUCGCUGCGCGCGGCGUAUGGUGGCGCGAGCAUGUCGCACGCGGACGCGGUGACGUCGGCCGGCGAGGCUGGGCAAGUUGUGCUCUCGUCCGAGAUGCUGUCGCUUCUGGGCUCCAGCGUGCCCAAGAGUGUCAUGAUCCACCAUGUGGGCCGGAUUGCGUCGUCGUGUAGCACAGUUUUUGACAUCCACACCGUCACGGCGGAAGGGUCUGUCCUUGCCGAGCGGGUCUUUGCACGGCUACCGCCUCUCGAGGACGAGGCGAAGAGCGGCAAAGACGCUGCGACGAUUGUCCUCACUGCUGGCGAGCGGAAUGCGGCGGCGACGCUGACGUCGACGCCGGCCUCACUCUCGCACGAUGCAUCAACUGCCUCGCUGCGGCGACCUAGGACUCGCACGCGGGUUCGGAAGCGGCCGCAGACCUCACUCUCGCCGACACCCGAGCAUCGGUUUGCAUCGCCGUCUGGCUCAUGCUCGGCGUCGGUGUCGGUUCCAGCGUCGGCAAUGGCGUCUCCUCGGAGACAGACACCACGGGGCCUCGGAUCAAGACCGCAAUCACGGUCGCCAUCGGGCUCGAGAGCUGGCUCGCGACGCAAUCUCCUCUCGUGCUCGCCGUCGCGCGCAUCUGCAACGCUGCUGUCGCCGAGGAGCCAGACGCCGACCUCGGGCCGGAGUGGCUUUGGCGCGCCUGCACCUGGAAGCAGCAGCGCAGGAGGCAGCAGCGAUUGCAGCGACCACAGCAACCAUGGCAAGGUUAACUUCGCUGCGUCACUGGUCAAGAGCCGCAUCAAGAGCUUGGCACACCUUCACGGGCCACGGCGGAACUCGGAGCAACCGGCACGAAGAGCAUCGUCGAAACGGAAUCGGGCCAUGUCGCGAUUUUCGUCGGUUGAGUUUGAAAGCUCGGCGACGUCGUCGGUGCGCAAGGUCCGACGGCUGCAGCCGUCUGCGUCGACCGAUUUGACCCCGAUCUGUCACUCCAAUGGCGCAUCGCGGUCGGCGGCGAGCAGCAAGUCGCCCGAGCCGGGUCCGCGGAUGCUGCAGGCCACGGAGUAUUGCGGCCCGGGCUAG